GUUUGCUAAUGAUAUUGGUAUUUCACUAGACAAUGGAAUGCCAUAACAGGAAGCUUACUAAAAUGCAAACUAUUUAAUUCACUUAGCUGCAAAGAAUAAGAAAACAUUGGGCGUGCCUUCUAUUGUGGAAUUUGGCCCCGCCCACUUCGAGUUGUUAGGCUCUCCUGACCUUCAUCGACCAUCUCAUAAUAGUUUCGCGCUAAUGAUCCUGUCAUGAGAGUAGCAUUCCGUCAACACUUCUUUAGCCAUCUGAAAUGAAUAAGACCAAUUGUAAAGGAACUACAGGGAACUAGAGCUCAGCAACACUUCCAUAAAGGAAAAGUGGGGAAAAACGCAUCAUUCAAUCAAUUAGGCUACUGACUGGUCAAAGGAAAUUCUGUCAGUAACUUUCUGUUAGGCUCCUCUUACGCAAUGCAAAUUGUAUUUUGGCGCUUCUAGCGCAGUUUGCAAAAUUAAUGUGAACCAUCUUUAUACAUUUUUAAAAUAAUACUAUGAUUAGCCUAUGUGAUAUAUAUGUGAAGUGUAAAUGUAGGCUAUCAUCCUAAUGAACGUUCGCGAGCACACGAUUAUUAGGAAACGUUCAUACGCGUUUUUAUUUUUUUCCAUUUAAAAACGCGGACGCAAGGCAGUGGGAAGAAAAAAAAGACGGGAUGUGAUUUUGGCCUUCUGUCUUUCUAUGGUUGUUGGUCUUCUGCUGGGAGCUCUGGUCUAUAUGAUCUUGACCUGGAUGUCUCGUCGACGGGCAUCAGCCACCAUCACGCGUGUACCCGUCCACCAGUCCCGCUCCACCGCCCGUUCGUCCUCACCACGCUCUCGGCCAGGCUACAGUCGGCACAGCAGUGGCUUUGACCGACGCAGCAAUAACAGUCUGGCCAGUGCUGCCUUCUCCUUCCAUCGGCAAACCUCAUCUUCACCGAUAGACUAUGGUGACUCACCAGGCCGCAAAUCGAGCUUCCGGGCCUCUACCUUUCAUCCUCUUCUCCAGUGUAGCCAGAUUGCUCGCGAGGCAGAGGAGGGUGCCCAGGGUAGCCUGCCACGGACCCCGACUCUCACUACCAACCCUGGGGCAGCUGGAUCAACCAGCACUGUCAGUUCCAUGGUCACUCCACCUCGGGCCAGAAACCGACCGGAUUCCUUCUGGGGCAACAGCAAUCUAAGGGGCUUCCAUGCUGGCCAGACUCCACCACCUGCCUACGAGAGCAUCAUACGAGCCUAUCAGGAGACGACCACUUGAAGGAAGGGGACAUGCUACAGUUAUGGAGAAGGAUACAUGUAUUAAUAGACUUGGACUGGAAAAUUGGACAAUGGAAAGCAAUAUGGAUAUCCUACUACUUAAACUGAAAUGGCCAGUUUUUUAAAACUUGUAUGUGUUAAUUUGUGUAUAAGUGCAUAUUUCUGUUUGUUCAUAAGUGUGCAAAGUCAAUCAGAGUUAUCAGAGAGUGUUUGAAAGAAAGCGUGAGAUGAGUUUUUAGUUUCUACAGGUUGAUUCAAUAAAAUCAAAAUACUGUAAGGCCUAUAUAUUUGUGGGAGGGAAUAUAUUGAGAGGGAGAGAAAGCAAGAGAUAUUGAACGUCGCAAUAAGCAUGAGGACAAACCUCUGAGACCAGACAGUUAUUGCAAACAGUAAUUUAAAAUAGUUUUGCACCAAACUCAUUAAAUUGUGUAUUUAUUGGUUUGUUUUCUGGGAACUCUAGUCUUUUGGAAUCAUUGUAAGUAUUUCUCAACGCAACAGUACUCAUAAAAAUAAACGACACAGUGCAUUUUGCAAUA